CAGGGCCAGCAAGAAAAAAUUUCCAGGUGUGCCCUGACUCCAAAAGGGCCUGAAGUUAUAGCAGGAAGAAUGGCACCAGCUGUGGCCUGGCUCCUGUUCGUCCAGCUUGUUUUAGGACCAACUCUGGUCAUGAACGUCAGACUGGAGACUGCCAUCAAGAACUUUCGCGACUUACACAUUGACUUUCCCAAGGUUAACUACCCAGUGGGUUUCCAGGGCUACUGUAACGGUCUCAUGGCCUAUGUGAGGGGCAGAGAGGGAAGCUGGUAUUGCCCAAAGACCCAUUAUGUGAUACAUGCCCCCUGGAAAGCCAUUGAGAGGUCCUGCAAGCAGUGUGAGAGCUUCUGUGAGAAUUACAAUGAAUACUGUACAGUCACCCUGGAAGCCUUCCCCCUCACAAUCUGCUCUCUGUCCCCCAAACAGCCUCCCACCAGCUGCCGCUACAAUGGCACCCUAACCAACCAAAGGAUCUACCUGCUCUGUUCUCAAAAGUAUGAUGCUAAACCGAUAGGUAUCAUUGGCCUCUACUAG